CAGGGGCUAGUCUAAGAUUUUCGUGGCCAGACUGAAAAAAAAGAUCAUACGGCCUCUCUUGUUCAGAGGGCCGGGCCAAAUGUGGAGGCGGGCCGUAUCCGGCCCGCGGGCCUUAGUUUGAGGACCACUGCUCUUGGCUGUUGAUGUCUAUCAAUAUCGCUGAUUUUGAAAAUGACGUAAGAGGGCAAUACGGAUCCGUAUCAGACCAGCGAGGAGGGCAAUACGUGGCUGGGAUGACGACCCAUUAGCCAAUCAGAACGCUUUUACUGUUGUUGCUAUAUAAUAAUUAAUCUUUAUUCAUAAAGAAAAUGUAAGCUAGCUGUCUGAUGCUGCCCAGAGGAAAUGCAGGUCGAGGACAGCAUCAUCAGUGUAUUGCUGCUGAUGCUUCAACUCUGUCAGAAUUUAUUUUUUUUGGCAUUGGGUGCCCUUUUUUUGGGUUUGAGCACCUGCCCCCCAAAAUGUCUGUGCACGUGCCUGCCUCAUGUUAUGCUGUAAUCUUUCAUCCUUUCUUGCCAUUUCGUUGCCUCUGUACCUGAACUAGAUUGUUAGUCUGUCCUGUUUUAAGGAGUUGUUUUGGUAGAGAGGUGUGUCCUGAGUUCCGACACCUGAAGCUUCUCUGAUUGGACGAGCGCUCAUCUCCUGGUUUCUAUUGAGCGUCAUUUGAAUUCCAAAGGCCAAGGGGCGGUGUCAACGCAGCUGGAGGUAAUUGGCAACAACUUGGGCUCAUAACCGGAUCUGGUCUUUAGCGUCAGUGUGACUCAUCGGACGAAGACUCGGAGGACAAAGACAUAGGAGUCUUCCGUUGGAGUCUUCGUGGCUGAGUAUUUCCCCAUUUUUUGAAUAUGUGUGUCUUUUCCAUACCUGUGCGUAUCUCUACUCGUAGUUACUAUAGGACUCGUUCAUUCAUGUACCGGAACCCCUCCUCUGUUAUCCUUCCUACUCGUUCUACUCACACCCAGCACCUGGUCACAGGAGGCCUCUGGAACUGUCAGUCAGCCAACCGCAAGGCUGACUUCAUCUCUGGCUUUGCUGUGGAGCAGUCGCUUGACUUCCUGGCUCUCACUGAGACCUGGAUCACAGCAGACAACACGUCUACCCCGGCUGCUCUCUCCUCGGCCUUCUCCUUCAGCCACACACCUCGACCCUCUGGUCGGGGUGGAGGUGGCGGCACGAAUCUCUGCCUGUCUGACCGACAUCUCUCAGUGGAUGUCUGCUCACCACCUGAAAAUCAACCCUGACAAGACCGAGCUACUAUUCCUUCCAGGGAAAGGCUCCCCCACCCACGACCUGACUACCACCUUCACCAGCUCUGUGUUGGCCCCGCCCCCGACUGCCAGGAACCUCGGGGUGACACUCGACAGUCAACUCUCCCUGACGGCCAACAUCACUGCGACAACGCGUUCCUAUGUCCAGCAGCUGGUUUGGAUUACACCAGAUGUCCCCCCUGAGGACCAGGACCAGGAGGAGCCAGAGCCCCUCCUCAUAAAAGAGGAGCCGGAGCCCCUCCUCAUAAAAGAGGAGCCGGAGCCCCUCCUCAUAAAAGAGGAGCUGCAGGAUCUCUGGACCCGUCUAGAGGGAGAUCAGCUCAUUGUGCUGGAGGAGGCCGAUAUCACCAAGUUCUUAUCCACUGCUGUUACUGUGAAGAGUGAAGAUGACGAACCUCAGACCUCACGGCUUCAUCAAAGCCAGACGGAGGACAACAAAGAGGCGGAGCCUCCCGCCUGCAGCUCAGCUACGACAAUACAGACGGAAACUGAUGGAGAGGACUGUGGGGGAUCAGGACCAGACAGGAACCUAAAUCCACAUCGUCAUUCACAUCCAAAUGCUGAUGAUGAAGAGGCGUCAGACUCUUCUGAGACUGAGGUCAGUUGUGGUGAUUGGCAAGAAGCUUUGUCAGAUUCUGGACCUGAAAGUGAAGAUGGGGAGAAUGUCUGGAAGGAGACCAGGACACCUGAGUCUGCUGCACAUGCCCUGAAAUAUAAGGAAGCUCUUGUAAGUCAUGUGGGAUGUAACACUGGCAACAAAUCCAAUGAAUCACGAUCAAAAGAGCUCAUGAGAGAGAAAGCAUUCAGGUGUGAUGAGUGUGGGAAAAGAUUUACACAACAGGGAUCUCUGAAGAGGCACAUCGGAGUCCACACAGGAGAGAAACCAUUCAGUUGUGAUGUUUGUGGGAAAAGAUUUACACAACAGGGAAGUCUGAAGAAACACAUGAGAGUCCACACAGGAGAGAAACCAUUCAGUUGUGAUGAUUGUGGGAAACGAUGUAGACAACAGGGAGCUCUGAAGAAACACAUGAGAGUCCACACAGGAGAGAAACCAUUCAGUUGUGAUGUUUGUGGGAAAAGAUUUACACAACAGGGAGAUCUGAAGAAACACAUGAGAGUCCACACAGGAGAGAAACCAUUCAGUUGUGAUGUUUGUGGGAAAAGAUUUACAGAACAGGGAGAUCUGAAGAAACACAUGAGAGUCCACACAGGAGAGAAACCAUUCAGUUGUGAUGUUUGUGGGAAAAGAUUUACAGAACAGGGAAGUCUGAAGAGACACAUGGGUGUCCACACAGGAGAGAAAUCAUUCAGUUGUGAUGUUUCUGGGAAAAGAUUUACACAACAGGGAGAUCUGAAGAAACACAUGAGAGUCCACACAGGAGAGAAAUCAUUCAGUUGUGAUGAUUGCGGGAAAAGAUUUACACGACAGGGAAGUCUGAAGGAACACAUGAGAGUACACACAGGAGAGAAACCAUUCAGUUGUGAUGUUUGUGGGGAAAGUUUUGCAAGAAAAGUAACUCUGACCAAACACAAGAGAGUCCACACAGGAUAGAAUGUGUUUCGUACGUCUCUUUCUCUCUCUCCAUCCCCGGGAUCCAUGCAGGUGACGCCCGUGACCCUGCCUGCAGAUGAACCUACACCUGAGGACAUUUGGCUGAGAGCUGCCAGCCAGACGACCCAGUGGGCCUCAUAGAAGAGUUCAAGCUGUGUGCCGGUGCUGUUACGUGUGGUCCACAGGGUGCUGUUGUCCUACGGUUCAUCUCAUUGUAAAUAUUGCUACUGCCAUAUCGAUCGAUACUGUGAGUAUUUCCACUGGUCCCUGCAGCAUCGAUUCCGUUUCUUUGAAACGGAUAUUUUAUUUCUUAUAUUGAAGCACUCUAGGAUUAAGGUGUCUUUACGCUGCAGACCGCAUACCGGGAGCGGCUAACUUGUGGUGGAGUCCCUAUGUAGUGGCGCACUCUGCAAUAUAAUCUGUGUGUGAUGUAUGUAACUGAUGUAAUGUGUACUACGAUGUCAUUCCUUGGUACAUGCUGUAUCACAAAGUCUUGUAAUCAUGUGUGAGAGGUAUGCGAGUCCAGAGUGUCUGUAAAAAUCUAUUUUAAACAAUUUGAGCAAAAUGUCCAUAAAAAGAAGGAAUAGAGGUCUUCGAAUAGAUCCUUCUAGAUGGAUACGGAUGUUCAGAUAUUGAUCCAUCACUCUUUGGAAAAACACUUUGCUCAUCAGAUCGAGUUUUACUUAUUUAGCUGUUAACCUUUUUAUUUUUUUUAUCUUGUGUUAAAUAAACAUCGACUGCAUUGCAGUUUGACUACAUCA